UCGUGCAGUCUGACUACAGCCGUCUCUAAAAUUGUGUCCUUCCAAUUUCUUGUUUGUUCGAUUAGUUGCUGAGCGCUACAACAUGGACGGCAAGGGGACGAAGAGAAAAUUGGAUGUUUUUGAGGAUGAUUACUCCAUCACGCAUUCGACGGAGAACGUCGACGGCCUGGAUGAGCGGAGCGUCAGCCGCCAUGUCUCCAUUCAACCGUUCCCGGAAGUCGACGACGACAGCACAACCGCACCGUCCUCUUCCCUAUUGAAUGAACAGCUACAGCUGGAAACAGGAUUUUUAGAAGCGCUUACCCAUUGCCAGCUCGCUCAAAUGGACGCGAAGGAUGACAGGGUGAUGGGUUUCUUGACGUGCCGUGCCAUGUACCAUUUUCAAAUGGAUUUAGAAGAUCUGCAGUCCGGGAAGUGGAACGAUUUUGGCCAGGGGAAACUGCAGCGCGUACGGGUGUCACAGACUGGCCACGAAAUUUCUCCAUUGCCAGCGUGGCUGGAGAACGGCGUUGGACUGCACGUGUUCUUUCAGACCAAGGUGGCGACAAACCGACCGCACGCCUCCGGCAAAAAGUCUAAGCGUGGUUUUGAGAUUCCAUGGCACGCCAAGAUCCAAAUGGAACAAGUUCCGGACGAGUGCAUCCUGACGGAGGUGCAGUUGGCGUUCAUUAAUCCGGACGAGCGUGGAAGCCCUACCGUCCAGGUGACAAUGGCGGCCUCCCGUGCCAACGACAUGAACUUCGUCAACAACAUACUGAAGGAAAUCAACGGCCAGACAUAUUCCGAAUGCUGCCAGGAGCUGGGCAUCUUCCGCCAAGCCUACUGUUUUGUCACCAUGCGUGUGCCGCUGCUGCGCUUCAUAUCGGAACUGCUGCAAAAAUUCCGGCAGACCAUUCCGAACUGUCCCCGGGCGGACGAAAUUAUCUUGGCAGGAAUAGAUAAUGUAGUCCUCAAAACGCGACAGGGUAAAGUGGAGACAAAUCGGCAGAUCCUGGUUGGCUUCUCUCCAACGACGCGUGCCCUCUUCGCAGCGGGAAAACACGGAAAAGUCAGUUCUUUCGAACUUGACUACAGUAAGGCGGCUGUUGUGACCGUGAUCGGCGCGGCUGUGCAUAAACACGAAUCUCUACUAAUUGAUCCACGCCGAGCCACUCCGUUCUUUCUGUACGAGGCCAUGAAGUUGGCGUUGAGUUGGGAGAUUCCGCAUCUGACACUGUGGACGCAGGUAGCGUUUGUGGAGCGUUUAUGCCAUCCGGUUGUCAAUCUAGAGCAGGUUCCCGUUCUGGAUGCUGUCCAGGUCAUUCUCGACCACGCAGAUCCCCAGGAGGUUGGCAGUCGGAUGAUUGUGUGUGCACUGGUUAGUGUGCUGCGCAUCUUGCAUUCACCGACCGCGUCUUGGACGCUGGACGAGCUGCAACAGUUGAUUGCACCGAAGCCGGCAUUGUGGGAGUAUGUUCUUCAGCCUACGCGGUUGGCGCCGGAUAGCAGCAUUUUCAUUAAGACUUUGACUGGCAAGGUCUUCACGGUCGUGGUUAAUCUGGCCUAUUGGGUUUACCAGAUGAAAUGCUGUAUCCAGGAGAAAGAAGGGAUUCCCAUGGAUCAGCAGCGGAUUAUAUUUGCCGACAAACAGCUGAGCGACAAUGUUACCUUAGCGGAUUACGGUAUUAAAACGCGGACUACAGUGCAUCUUGUCUUGAGAAUGCGGGGAUGCUGAACAUGUGCACCGCUAUUCAGGAUGGAAUCAGACUGGAACUGCGGGUGUCACCUGUAAUGGGUAGUAAUUCUUUUAACUUCUUUGUGGUUGUGCAGCAUUUUCGUGUUUUAUCUACAGUAUAAAAUUUGUCUUUUGAAAUUUACUUGAUAUUACCUUCGUUUUGUUUCUGAAGUGGAUUUUAAUGGAUAAUUUGUUUGUGUACUUUUCAUAUAGUUCUGUACUUAAUUUAUCUACAUAGUUUUGCACGAUCGCUUUUAGUUUCCUC